UCCUGGUCCUGACCUGAGAUUAGUGCAGAGUUCUCGAUCGCUUGCACUUGCCCUGGUUCAGUCUCUGAUACGGCCACCAUGAAGGAUCAUGAUCAUGAGUUGCACUGGUCAGCAGUUGAGAGCCUACCAACUUCAAACAGACUCAGAACAUCACAGUUUGAUGGUGGUGAGGAUAAAGUUGAUCAUGGAGAGCAUAACAGUAAGAGGAUGGUUGAUGUCACCAAGCUUGGAGCAGUAGAGAAGAGACUCUUGAUUGACAGUCUCAUCAAGCACAUAGAGAAUGAUAAUCUGAGACUGUUGCAAAGGCAGAAACACAGACUUGACAGGGUGGAUGUGAAGCUACCAACCAUUGAGGUGAGGUACAGUGAACUAUGUGUGGAAGCUGAGUGUCAAGUGGUCCAAGGGAAGCCUCUGCCAACUCUAUGGAAUGCAAUAAAAGGGUUAUUCUCAAGUCUUUUCAGGUUUAUGGGUUUGUACCAUGAAGAAGCAAAGAUUAGUAUUAUCAAAGAUGUCAGUGGGAUCAUCAAGCCUUCCAGGAUGACACUUUUACUUGGACCCCCAGGAUGUGGGAAAACCACUUUCCUUCUUGCUCUUUCUGGGAAACUAGAUAAAUCCCUCCAGAUAAGAGGGGAUGUUUCUUACAAUGGCUUCACACUGGAGGAGUUCAUUCCAGAAAAAACAGCUUCUUAUGUCAGCCAGAAUGACCUGCAUAUUCCUGAGAUGACUGUAAGGGAGAUACUUGACUUCUCAGCAUGUUUGCAAGGUGUGGGAAGCAGGGCAGAAAUUAUGAAGGAAAUUAUUAGAAGGGAAAAGCAGGCAGGGAUUGUUCCUGAACCUGACCUAGACACUUACAUGAAGGCAAUAUCUGUGGAGGGUCUUGGAAGAAGUAUUCAGACGGAUUAUGUUCUAAAGAUCCUGGGAUUGGAUAUAUGCGCAGAUAUAAUGGUAGGUGAUGCCACGAGAAGAGGUAUCUCUGGUGGUCAGAAGAAAAGGCUGAUCACAGCAGAGGUGAUUGUUGGGCCAACAAGAGCUCUCUUCAUGGAUGAAAUCUCAACUGGAUUAGAUAGCUCCACCACAUUCCAGAUUGUUACUUGUCUCCAACAAAUGGCUCACAUUAGUGAAGCAACUAUUGUCAUUUCCCUUCUCCAACCUGCACCUGAAACCUAUGAUCUCUUUGAUGACAUUAUUUUGAUGGCAGAGGGUAAGAUUGUUUACCAGGGCCCUCGCGAUCAAGUUCUUGCUUUCUUUGAAGAAUGUGGUUUCAGAUGUCCAGAAAGAAAAGGAGAAGCUGACUUUCUCCAAGAGGUUCUGUCAAGAAAGGAUCAAGAACAGUACUGGUGUCAUCCCCAGGAAUGCUACACUUAUGUUUCUGUUGAUGAUUUCCGGCAGCAAUUUAAAUCAUUUCACAUAGGAAAGAAGUUGGUGGAGGAUCUAUCAAGACCAUAUGAUAAGUCACUGUGCCAUAAAAAUGCCCUGUCAUUCAACCUCUAUUCUCUGCCUAAAUGGCAACUCCUUAAAGCUUGCAUGGCCAGGGAGUUGCUUCUGAUGAAGAGGAAUUCACCUCUUUAUAUAUCCAAAACCGUUCAGCUUGCAAUUAUGGCUUCCAUCAGUAUGACUGUCUUUUUACGAACACGGAUGGGAAUUGAUGCAGUGCAUGCUAAUUACUACAUGGGUUCCCUGUUUUUUGGUCUCCUCUUACUCAUGGUCAUUGGAAUACCAGAGAUAACAUUGACAUUGUCUAGGCUUCCAGGCUUCUACAAACAAAGAGAAUAUUAUUUGUAUCCAGCUUGGGCAUAUUCAGUUCCAGCUAUAAUUCUGAAAGUUCCAGUUUCAUUAAUGGAAUCUUUUAUUUGGACAUCACUUACAUACUAUGUUAUUGGUUAUAGUCCUGAGGCUGGAAGGUUCUUUCGUCAUUUGCUCCUCCUCUGUAUUCAUCAAAUGGCUCUAUCCAUGUUCCGUUUCAUAGCUUCCUGUCUUCAGAUUGCAGUUAUUUCCUUAAUUGGAGGCAGUAUAUCUAUGUUGGUGAUGCUGGUAUUUAGUGGCUUUAUUCUUCCUCAAUCCUCAAUGCCAGUUUGGUUGCAAUGGGGAUUUUGGAUCUCUCCAUGCUCGUAUGCUGAACUAGGGUUGACAUUAAAUGAGUUUCUCGCACCUCGCUGGCAAAAGGUUUCAGCCAAAAACAUGACCUUAGGUGACCAAGUUCUGAGCAGCCGUGGGUUGCAUUUCAAGAGUUACUUUUAUUGGGUAUCAGUGGGGGCUUUGUUAGGAUAUGCUUUGCUUUUCAAUGUGGGAUUUACUUUAGUUUUAUCUUUCAAAAGACCUGUCGGGGUGUCUCGUGCUAUUAUCUCUCGUGAAAAACUCUCUCAAAUGAAUGGAGGAGAUGAUCUCCAUGAUGGUAUCAACAAAUCAUCACUUGAAAGUGCCAGAGUCAUGAAAAGAACAGAUGUUGCAGGAAAGAUGAUGGUCUUGCCUUUCCAACCACUCACCAUAACAUUUCAGGAUAUUGGAUAUCAUGUUGAUACUCCUCCGGGAAUGAAAGAACAAGGAUAUAAAGAGAAGAACCUUAAGCUGCUGCAUAACAUCACUGGAGCAUUCAAACCCGGUGUUCUUUCGGUUUUGAUGGGUAUAAGUGGAGCAGGGAAAACUACACUUUUGGAUGUUCUCUCUGGAAGGAAAACUGGUGGUGUCAUUGAAGGAGAUAUCAGGAUUGGAGGAUAUCAAAAAGUACAGGAAACUUUCGCAAGAAUUUCAGGUUACUGUGAGCAAACAGAUGUACAUUCUUCUCAAAUUACAGUGGAAGAAUCAGUUGUAUAUUCAGCCUGGUUACGGUUACCACAGGAAAUUGAUUCACAGACAAGAUCUAAAUUCGUGAAUGAAGUACUUGAGACAAUUGAACUUGAUAGUAUCAAAGAUGCGUUGGUUGGUGUACCAGGGGUGAAUGGCCUCUCUACUGAGCAACGAAAACGACUAACGAUUGCUGUUGAACUUGUAGCGAAUCCUUCCAUUUUAUUUAUGGAUGAACCGACGUCAGGACUUGAUGCCAGGGCAGCUGCGAUUGUCAUGCGUGCUGUGAAAAAUGUUGCUGAAACAGGAAGAACUGUUGUUUGCACCAUUCAUCAGCCCAGCAUUGACAUAUUUGAGGCAUUUGAUGAGUUAAUGCUUAUAAAAAAGGGUGGGAAACUAAUCUAUUCUGGACCACUGGGUCGGCAAUCAUGUAAAGUAAUUGAAUAUUUUGAGAGGAUCCCAGAAGUUCCGAAAAUCAAACAAAAAUAUAACCCAGCAACAUGGAUGUUGGAAGUUACUUCCACAUCACUUGAGCAAGAACUCGGCAUAGAUUUUGCAGAAGUGUAUGUAAAUUCGACUCUUUACAGGGACAACAAAGAGCUAGUUAAGCAGUUAAGCCUGCCACCACCUGGUUCAAGAGAUUUGCAUUUUCCUACUCGUUUUGCUCAAAAUAGUUGGGUCCAAUUCAAAGCUUGUCUAUGGAAGCAAUACUUGUCUUAUUGGAGAAGUCCUUCCUAUAACUUGGCCCGGUUGAUUUUUAUGUUCAUCACAUCUGUGACAUUCGCCCUGCUAUUUUGGAACCAUGGAAAGACACUAAAUAAUCAACAGAACUUGUUCAACAUGCUCGGUUCAAUGUACAGCGUCGUGAUCUUCACUGGCAUAAACAACUGUGGAUCAGUAUUACCAUUUGUGAUAGCCAGACGCAAUGUCUUUUACCGUGAAAAUUUUGCCAGAAUGUAUUCACCAUGGACUUACUCUCUUGCACAGGUUGUUAUUGAGAUCCCUUGUGUAUUCAUCCUAACACUGACGUUCAUGAUGAUCGCAUACCCUGCUAUUGGCUACUAUUGGACAGCUUACAAAUUCUUAUGGUUCUUCUACACAAUGUUCUGCUCAUUGCUCAUCUUUGUUUACCUUGGAAUGCUUCUUGUUUCAUUGACUCCAAAUAUUCAAUCGACGCUCGUAUUGUCAUCUUUUUUCUACCAAAAUUUCCAUCUCUUCUCUGGCUUCAUCUUACCUGGCCCACAUAUUCCAAAGUGGUGGAUUUGGUUUUACUACAUCAUGCCUAUGUCUUGGACGUUGAAUGCCCUUUUUGCAUCACAGUAUGGAGAUAUUCAGAAGGAGAUAACAGUGUCGGGAGAAACCAAAUCCGUGGCCAUUUUUCUCCAGGAUUAUUUUGGAUUUCACUAUGAUAGACUCGGACUGGUGGCUCUUAUUCUACUUGUCUUUCCUUUUCUUUUGCUUCUCUUUUUGCUUAUUGUAUCAGGCAAACUUAAUUUUCAGAGGAGGUGAGCUCUGUUUCAUUGUAAUUUAAAACACAAAUUGUGGAUGAUGUGACGAUGAUAACGUUAAUUCCA